UCAGUAAAAAAAAACGAAAGUCCAAAACCCUAAAGAGAAAACCCCAUCGCCGCCAUCCCACCACCAUUCUCUCCACCUUCUUCCUCCCCUCGUCUCCCGGUCCGUGGCGGAGCAAUAGAUGGAUGCCGGUACGCAGCCCGUGGGUAGGUUUCUAUAGCACGCCAGCCGAAGCAGGAACGCAAGAGACGGCGGGGCGGCGGAGAAUUUGACGGAACCGAAGCAAGAGAGGAGGGGGCGGAAUAGGUUUCGGGGGGCAAGAUGAGCACUGUGGACAAGAUGCUGAUCAAGGGGAUCCGGAGCUUCGACCCGGAGAACAAGAACGUCAUCACCUUCUUCAAGCCCCUCACCCUCAUCGUCGGCCCUAACGGCGCCGGCAAAACCACGAUCAUCGAGUGCCUAAAGCUAUCUUGCACCGGCGAGUUGCCCCCCAACUCCCGCUCCGGCCACACCUUCGUCCACGAUCCCAAGGUAGCAGGUGAAACCGAAACAAAAGGGCAAAUUAAGCUGCGUUUUAAGACAGCAGCAGGAAAAGAUGUGGUCUGCAUCCGCUCUUUCCAGCUUACCCAGAAGGCAUCGAAGAUGGAGUUUAAAGCAAUCGAGAGUGUUCUCCAGACUAUAAAUCCGCACACGGGCGAGAAGGUUUGUCUCAGCUACAGAUGCGCUGAUAUGGAUAGGGAGAUUCCAGCCCUAAUGGGUGUUUCAAAGGCUAUACUGGAGAAUGUUAUAUUUGUGCACCAAGAUGAGUCCAAUUGGCCAUUGCAGGACCCGUCAACACUUAAGAAAAAGUUUGACGACAUCUUUUCUGCUACCCGCUAUACCAAAGCUCUCGAAGUCAUAAAGAAACUUCACAAGGACCAAGCACAAGAAAUCAAGACUUUUAGGUUAAAGCUGGAGAACCUUCAUACUCUUAAAGACCAAGCAUACAGGCUUCAUGACAGUAUUGCACAAGAUCAAGAGAAGUCAGAUGCCCUGAAAACUCAAAUGGAGGACCUGAAAACAAACAUCGAAGCUGUUGAAAGCAAAAUCCGUCAUACAGGAACAGGUAUGAAUGAAUUGAGGAAACUGCAGGAGCAAAUUAGCACCAAGGCAACUGCUAGAAGUACAUAUUUUACACUUCAGCAGCAACAGUAUGCUGCUCUUUCUGAGGAAAAUGAAGAUACCGACGAGGAACUGAAGGAGUGGCAAACAAAAUUUGAAGAAAGAAUUACAUUAAUGGAAACGAAAAUCGGUAAACUAGAACGGGAGAUGAAUGAUGAGAAGACAAGUACCUCCUCGCUGUCUGUGACCAUGAAUGAUUUGACACUUGAAAUAGGAAAGCUCCAGGCAGAAGCUAAUGCUCACAUGUCCGUGAAGCACAAACGAGACUCAGCCAUCAGGAACAUAUUCACUAAACAUAAUCUUGGUACAAUCCCUGAUGCUCUGUUUACUGAUGAUGUUGCCAUGAACCUUACAAACAGAAUUAAAGCAAGAUUAUCGAAUCUCGAGGAUGAUUUGCAGGAUAAGAAGAAAUCUAAUGAUACACAUCUAGAGUUUCUUUGGGAACGUUAUCUUAGAGUAAAUGCUCGCUACUCUGAAGUUGAUGGCCAGAUACAAUCUAAGAGAGAAUCUCAGGUAGGCAUUUCGAGGCGCAUGAAAGAUAAAGAGAAUGAGCGCGAUGCUGCCGAAAUGGAGCUUUCAAAGUAUAAUCUGGCCCGUAUUGAUGAAAGGGAGCGGCAUAUGCAAAUCGAAGUUGAGAGGAAGACACUUGCCCUGGGAGAAAGAGACUAUGAUUUGAUUAUAAGUCAGAAGCGUCCAGAGAUAUAUACGUUGGAUCACAAGAUAAAAGCACUUUACCGGGAGAAGGAUAACAUAACUAAUGACGCUGAUGACAGAGUAAAACUAGAACUGAAGAAGGAUGAGUUGGAAAAGUGCAAAAAGAAACGUAAAAAAAUAUAUGAUGAACACAAGGACAAAAUUAAAAGUGUUCUUAAGUGGCUUCCUUCUGAAAAGGAUCUCAAGAAGGAGAUUACUCAAGCUUUUGGGUCUGUAGAUGCGGAUUACAAUGGAUUGAACUCAAAAUCCCAGGAAGCAGAACAACUGUUGAAAUUUGCACAGAUGAAAGUUGAUGGUGCUAGAAGCCGAUUGUCAAAGUUUCAAAAAGAUUUGGAUGCCAAAAGAAAGCAUCUGGACGCGAAACUUCAAUCAAUUACUAAGGUUUCUGUUGACAUCAACAAGUACCCCAAGAUACUGAAAGAUGCCAUGGACGAUAGAGAUAAACACAGAAAUCAGUACAAUCUUGCAAAGGGAAUGCGAAUAAUGUAUGACCCUUAUGAAAAAAUUGCCCGUGAUUCUCACAAGUGCCCUUGUUGUGAUCGCGCUUUCACACCUGAUGAAGAGGACUGGUUUGUAAAGAAGCAAAGGGCAACAGGUACAAGUUCUGCAGAGCAUAUGAAGGUGCUGGAAAUUGUGAAAUCGGACGCUGAGGACUUUUUCAAGCAAUUGGAUGAUCUCCGUGGGAUUUAUGAUGAGUAUGUGAAGCUGGGGAAAGAGGCUAUACCUUUAGCAGAGAAGGAUUUGGAACAACUUUUGGCGGAUGAAAGUGAGAAGGCGCAAACAUUCGAAGAUCUUGUCAGUGUUCUUGCCCAAGUUAAAAUGGACAGGGAUGGAGUGGAAGACUUGUUACAUCCAAUUGAAACUAUUGACAGGCAUGUGCAAGAAAUACAGGACUUAGAACCACAAGUCCAAGAUCUUGAAUAUAAGCUUGAUUCUCGUGGCCAGGGUGUUAGAUCUCUGGAGGAAAUUCAGCUGGAGCUGAACUCUGUGCAGAGGGCAAGGGACACAUUGAUUGGUGAAGUUGAUCAUCUCAGGGAUCAACAAAAAAUACUUACUGAAGAUCUUUCAAAUGCUCAGAUGCGGUGGCAUGCUCUUAGGGAAGAAAAAGUAAGUGCUUCAAGUAUAGUGGAUAAGUUCAAAAAGGCUGAACAAGAUUUGGUACAUAUUGCCGAGGAAAAAGAGCAACUGAACCUAGAUCAGAAGCAUUUAGAAGAGGCUCUUGUUCCAUUGUCAGAAGAGAGAGAAAGCUUGUUACAAGAGUAUAAAGCUUUGAAGGAAAGGCUUGAGCAGGAGUUUGAGCAGCUGGCAGAAAGAAAAAGGGGAUUCCAGCAAGAAAUCGAUGCACUUGGAACUCUAAACACACGAAUCAAAGAGUACCUGGAUUCAAAGAAAGCAGAGAAGCUUAAUGAAUUGCAGGAAAAGCAUAGGCUGAACUUGUCCGAGUUACAGAAGCAUGAGGCAAGAAAGCAAGACAUAUCAGCUGAGCUAGACAGGAGCAAAGAAGUAUUGCGGACCCAAGAUCAGUUUAAAAGAAACAUUGAUGACAACCUGAACUACAGGAAAACAAAGGCCGAAGUGGAUCGGCUUACGCAUGAUAUUGAGUUACUUGAAGAUAAUGUGCUUUCCAUCGGCAGCAUGUCUACUAUAGAAGCUGAUCUUAAACGUCAUGCUCAAGAAAAAGAAAGGCUUCUUUCAGAGUAUAAUAGGUGUCAAGGAACGAUUUCUGUUUAUCAAAGUAAUAUUUCAAAGCACAAACUUGAGCUUAAACAGACGCAGUACAAGGAUAUUGAGAAGAGAUAUUUUAAUCAACUUCUCCAACUUAAGACAACUGAGAUGGCAAAUAAGGACUUGGACCGAUACUAUGCUGCUUUGGACAAGGCUCUCAUGCGGUUCCAUACCAUGAAAAUGGAGGAGAUCAAUAAAAUAAUAAAGGAAUUAUGGCAGCAGACAUACAGAGGCCAAGACAUAGAUUGCAUAAGCAUCAAUUCUGAUUCUGAGGGUGCUGGCACUCGAUCGUAUAGUUAUCGUGUUGUCAUGCAAAAUGGUGGUGCUGAGCUGGAAAUGCGAGGGCGAUGCAGUGCUGGUCAGAAGGUGCUUGCUUCUCUUAUAAUCAGACUAGCACUGGCAGAAACGUUCUGUCUGAAUUGCGGCAUAUUAGCUUUGGAUGAGCCAACCACCAAUCUAGAUGGGCCGAAUGCAGAGAGCCUAGCUGCUGCCCUAUUGAGAAUAAUGGAGAGCAGGAAAGGCCAGGAGAAUUUCCAGCUAAUUAUAAUCACUCACGAUGAGAGGUUUGCUCAGCUUAUUGGUCAGAGGCAGCUUGCCGAGAAGUAUUACAGAGUCUCCAAGGAUGAACUACAACACAGCAAAAUUGAAGCCCAAGAGAUUUUUGACUGAUGUUUCGUAUGCCCUCAGCGCUAAACUUGUUGCAUGUCUUACCGGCCAAGUAGGUGACAUUCAUAUUAUGGGCGGUCAUCAGAGAAACGGCUAUCAGUGAACUCUAGUCUGAUAUCUGUUCGGCAUGCUCUAAAUUUUCUAUGCUUUGGUUUAUGUCAAUCAAGCUUCACCUAGAAUACUUGCAUGUAAGAGGCUGCUUUGUGUUUAUUGUUUCUUUAUUGGAACUAGUUAAAUGCCUGUGCAUUGCAAUGGUCU